UCAGUUUUCUCUAACCUUCAUCUUCACAGAAAAAAAGAAUGACGAAGAUGAGCUACAAUGAUGAGAGAAAGCCGCACGCUGUGUUCACUCCAGUGCCAGCACAAGGCCAUAUCAACCCUUUGUUAAAACUAGCGAAGCUGUUUCACCUCAGAGGCUUUCACAUAACUUUUGUACACACUGAGUACAACUACAAACGCUUGCUCAAAUCAAGGGGUCCUAAUGCCCUUGAUGGCCUACCAGACUUUAGAUUUGAGACCAUCCCAGAUGGUCUGGAUGAUGAUGAUGGUGAUGUUACUCAGCAUGCACCCUCUCUUUUUGACUCUAUCAGAAAGAACUUCCUCCAACCCUUUUGCAACCUUCUUCAUAGACUUAACCACUCUGCAACUGCUGGUCUCAUUCCCCCAGUUACAUGCUUAUUUUCUGACGGUUGCAUGCCCUUCACUAUACAAGCUGCACAACAAUUUGGACUCCCUAACGUUAUCUUCUGGCCUGCUAGUGCCUGUUCAUUCUUGUCUGUCAUCAACUUUCCUACUCUUGUCCAGAAAGGUCUCACACCACUCAAAGAUGAGAGUUAUUUGACAAAUGGGUAUUUAGACACCAAUGUGGAUUGGAUCCCUGGAAUGCAGAACUUCAGGCUGAAGGACUUUCUUGACUUUAUAAGGACAACGGAUCUAAAUGAUGCGAUGUUACAAUUUUUCAUUGAAGUUGCAAAUGGAGUGGAUAGAAACGCUACUUUUGUUUUUAAUACUUUUGAGGGCCUUGAGGGUGACGUAAUCAAUGCUCUAUCCUCUAUGUUCCCUUCUCUCUAUACGAUUGGUCCUUUCCCUUUAUUAUUAAAUCAAAGUCCACAUAACCACUUGGCAUCUUUAGGUUCCAAUCUUUGGAAAGAAGACACUGAGUGUCUUGAAUGGCUUGAAUCCAAGGAACCUAGAUCCGUGGUUUAUGUGAACUUUGGCAGCUUCACAGUUAUGUCUGAAGAACAACUCUUGGAGUUUGCUUGGGGUUUAGCCAAUAGCAAGAAACCCUUUAUGUGGAUCAUUAGGCCUGACCUUGUCAUUGGUGGAUCCGUGAUUUUGUCAUCUGAGUUUGUGAAUGAAACAAGAGACAGAAGCCUAAUAGCAAGUUGGUGCCCACAAGAGCAAGUGUUGAACCAUCCUUCAAUUGGUGGAUUCUUGACUCAUUGUGGAUGGAACUCAGCCACUGAAAGUGUUUGUGCUGGAGUGCCAAUGUUGUGUUGGCCAUUUUUUGCAGAUCAUCCAACAAACUGUAGAUAUAUUUGCAAUGAGUGGGAAAUUGGGAUUGAAAUUGAUACCAACGUGAAGAGAGAGGAGGUGAAGAAGUUGGUCAAUGAGUUAAUGGACGGGGAGAAGGGAAAGAAGAUGAGACAAAAGACCAUGGAGUUGAAGAAGAAGGCAGAAGAGGAAACCAAGCCCGGUGGUUGUUCAUACAUGAACUUGGACAAAGUAAUUAAGGUGUUGCUUAAUUAGACCAUCAGAUUGAAGGCUUAUUAUUUUUAUAAUGCUUUAGUUUUUUAUCCAUUAUCAAACUCAGUACCAUGAGAAUUUUCAAUAAUUCAGUCAACCAACUGAGUUAAAUCACUUUAGUUAAUUUAGUUUACUGUGAUAGUUCAUUGAUCUUCUAUAGAAUUUGUUGCAUUGUAAAAAUAAUGCACUAGUUGCAGGUGCUAGUUUGUGUUUUCUUUUUAGUUGUAUGUAAUGUAAUAUCUUCGUCUUGACA